UAUAAAUGCUCAACACAUUUAAAAUGAGGCUAUAUUUUAAUAAAUCUCAGACAGGAGUUAAUUAUGCUUGAAAUGCAUUCAACUAACUGCUUGAAUUCAGGCCAAGUCAUUUUCUGAGGCAGUAAAAUACAUUCAAUCAAACUUCAAUGCUUCAACUUUUGUUAUACAUCAAACUUUCACAAGCUAGUAAAUGUUCCUCAUGGAAAAAGCAUAAAAACUCAUCUAUGCAGAUUUCUCACUCCUGUAUUGUUUAUAUUCGGACACAUUACUUGCAUUUUCCAUAUUACAUUGUUAUUUCCACUUAAGUAUUUGUUGCAUUCUGCUGUUAGCACAAACGUCCCAACCACAUAUCUCAGUCAUUCUGCACAACACAGCUAAGAUUCCCUUUUCUUCUCAUUCAAAGGGACCACUUCCUUAUAAUAACAAGGAGUCCGGUGGCACCUUAAAGACUAACAGAUUUAUUUGGGCAUAAGCUUUUGUGGGUAAAAAAAACCCAUUUCUUCAGAUGCAUCAUUCCUUAGAAUGGCUUUUCAUUCUCAUUUUGUGCUCUCCUGUUUGCAUUCUGGUCUCAUCUGCUUCAGCCCAUGCUGAUUUUCCCCUGCAUUUGCCAAACAUUGAUCCCCACCCCCCUUGCAUUUGACAAACAUUGAUUUUUCCCUCCCUUCUGUGUUCUUAAUUAAUCAGAAGCCAAUACUUCACCUUUAUGUUUCCUCUUGUGUGUAUGUGCGUGUGCAGCAUUACUGAUGAUGUAAUUGAUGCUGACCAUAAUAUAUGCAUACCAGCAGGGGCAGCGCACACAUUAUCUGUGACACCAAAUGGUAGCUAUUUUUAAAACCUAAUUCUUGGCAUCAAAAGCAGCAGAAAUAAUAGACAAAGAGGUAAUAUAAAUCUCCAUAUAUGGACCAUAUCAUUAUUCACUAAUGGUGUAGGAUGGGAGGAAAAAGAGGAGGAAACCAUAUAUUCUCAGCACUAUAUAUUUAAUACUAUGCAGCUUAUAUCAUAUGCUCAGAGAAUGGUCACUGUUAUAGGUGAUAUGGGCUGAAUGAGUUAAUGUCACUAAAGAAAACAUUCGACUCUUGAUUAGGGAACAUUAACCAUAUUCUUGAUCACAAUAAAGCUUUUCUACAAACUGUAAUUUGAAAAGUCUUCCUUGCAAGAUUUUGCAAUGAGCAGGCCAGUGUUGGACCAGGAAGUAUUUCACAGUAAAAAACCAAUAACAAAACAAAGCAUCUUGUCCUUCAGCAAUAUUUAUAGUCUCCCUUGACUGGUGGAGGAGGAGAAAGUACAAUAGUAACUUCUGGCUUCUCUGCUGCUUAAAACCUCUUAAGACUCUUCAUAAAGUUGUUUAUAAAACAAUUAGAGCAAAUGAUAGUGUUGGGUAGAGUCUGGGGUUAGGCAAGAUUUAGAGCAGCUUCCACCACUUUAACUGUGCAAAGGAUCCUCAAAGAGUUGAGGUUACAUGUGUAUUUUUAUCAUCCUUUAUUCAGGAAUCUCCUGCUUCCGCAUUCUGACAAUGGCAAGAGCGGCAGGAACACACUCCCAGCAUAAAUCUUUCAAGAGCUUUCUGAAAGCAUUAUGCGGUCAAGCAAAAAUGUGCCUGGUGUUAUGUCCCCACCAAUGGUUGUCUUCAUUUUCCCUCUGUAUUGCAGGAAAUGGCGGACCCCAGGAGACUGAGUGAAUGGAUGAGGAGUCCUUCUGGCGACUGGAAGUGGCUUCGAAUUACAAGUCUCUCUGGGGCUAUGUGUACACUGGUAAAAAAAACCCACAGCACCAAGUCUCAGAGCCCAUGUCAGCUGCCUCCCGCGGCUCAGGCUACAGGGCUAUGACAUGUCAGUGUAGACAUUCGGGCUCCGGCUGGAGCCUGGAGUCUGAGACCCCAGGAGAGGGGAGCAUCUGAGAACCCAGGCUCCAGCAUCUUCACUGCAAUUUUUGGCCCCGCAGCCUUUAACCCUGCCAGCCCGAGUCAACUGACCUGAACUCUGAAGCUUGGUGCCACGUAGAUUUUAUUGCAGUGUAGACAGGACCCAGCUCCAGCCCGAGCCAGCUAUGGGAGCCAACCACGGCCAUUUCUCGCAGCGUAAAUGUAUCCUGAGCUACCAAGGGACUGGACUAAAUGCCUUAACGAGUCCUUUUUCUUCUCUAAUUGCUAUGAUGGGUGUAGCCAAGCCAUGCCACUGACUGCCUGCCUUUCUCCCAGCCUGUGUCUGACUCAGUAUGUCAUGCUCAAGUUCCCCCCGGCCCCCAUUCCUCUGCAGAAAGGCCAAUAAACCCUACCUGGCCCCCAGGGCCAUGCUUAAUAAGAUUGAAAUUCUAAACCUGAAAGCAUAACCUUUAGUUUAUAAGAAAAUCAAGACAAAAACACUUCCAUGACCAAGAUACCACUCACUCACCUUGACGUAGCCUGGUCCAGGGGGCAGGACACCUGGGUUCUAUUUAGGGCAACCAGAUAGUAAGUGUGAAAAAUCAGGAUGGGGUGGGGAGUAAUAGGAGCCUAUAUAAGAAAAAGCCCCAAAUAUCGGGACUGUCCCUAUAAAAUCGGGACAUCUGGUUACCCUAGUUCUAGUCCUGCUAUCCACUUACUGGGUGGCCCUCCAACAGCAUUUCUGUUUUAACAUUGCGUCAAUAUCAGUCUGGUCCAAGCAGGGUUAGGUGAUGGAGUGUUAGAAACACCUGGCGGCCUUGCAACCUGUCUCCACCAGAGCUCUCAGUGUUGCUAAUGCUGGUGGAGCUGCAUGAGUCUGAGCAGGGCUGGAAAACUUUCUACAAUUUUCCCUAGAAAAGGGCCCUCAAAGAAACAUUUCCCAUCCAGUACAGUGCUGUCAAUCAAUGGGAUUACUCUGGGCUACCUGGCAGGAAGUGCCAGCUGGACUGGGCCUACCCUGUACAACAGGGGUUCUCAAACUGGGGGUUGGGACCCCUCAGGGGGUUGUGAGAUUAUUACAUGGGGGGGGGGUCAUGAGCUGCCAGCCUCCCCCCCCAAACCCUGCUUCGCCUCUAGCAUUUAUAGUGGUGGUAAAUAUAUAAAGAAGUGUUUUUAAUUUAUAAAGGGGGUCGCAAUGAGAGGCUUGCUAUGUGUAAGGGGUCACCACUACAAAAGUUUGAGAACCCCUGUUAUACAACAUGCAGCAAAGGGAUGAGGGCAGAGCUAAGCGGGAAAAACAGAUCCAUGGUGAUACUUUGUUCCAAAGGGAACGGAAUUCCGUUACUCCCCAUUUCAGUCACAGCUCUGUAAAUUUUAAGGGCCAGAUGGGACCAUUAGGUCAUCUAUUCUAACUUCAUUCCUAAGCAAAGCCAGAGACUUUCACCCAGUUACCCUCUAUCAGGCCUGGUAACUUGUUUGACUAAAGCACCUUGUCUAGAAAGGCAUCCAGCCUUGAUCUGAAUCUACAGGAAGGAAACUGGUCCAAAUCUCCUCUCAUUGCUACUGUUGGCAGAACUGCGCAGGUGCAUGGAUAAUUUAAAAGUCAAACACAGGUGGAACUUUUGGGUAGAGGCCCCUGACUUCAUCCCUCUCCAUAAAGUACAGUGGGUGCUGAUAGGAUCCAAAUGCAGGGUGUCAACCCUUUAGGAUUGUCCUGGAGUCUUUAAUUAAAGCUUAUGUCAUGUAAUGAAACGUCCAGCAAUAGUUGACCAAAACUGGCAACCCUUUUCCAAAUGCACGUGGGUCUGAUCUAAAACCCAGUUGAAGUUAAGGGGAAUCUUUCCAUUGGCCUCAAAGGGUGUGGGACUGGGUGCUUUCGGGGGGAGAGGGGGUUGCUGGAGGGCUUGGGCGAGCCUUAUUUCCCCCGUCUUGAAAGCCUGACAGUGUUCAGUGCCUGCCUGCAGGACGAGGGAGGGUCUGAGCUAUUCGUUGCCUGGGCUCUGGUUUAAUCCCCCGCUUUCAAUGCGGCUUCUGGCUCCAUCCUCUCCCCAUCUGCGCUCUGCCAAAGCGCAGGGCAGGCGGGUUUCUGCUCCGCAGCCCAGCGAGAGUUAACGCCGGAGCCGGCUCUCCAUUGGCAGCCGGGGGGCGGCGCAGCCCUUUCGCUGGAAGUUGGCGGGUCUGAAAGGCGCCUGCCGCCGCUCAGCUCCGGGAGGAAGAAGGAGGCAGCGACUGCUCCCUGCACCGGGGACUCCCGGGGCAAACUUAGCCGGCGCUGGCGGAGACCGGGCGCGCCAGGAGGAGGCUCCGGUCUGGGCUCGGCGCAUGACGCUCCCGGCCGCCCUGCUUGGCUGGGAUGCCUGGUCCCCGCGGCUCCGGAGGGCGUGAGCUGCCCCUGCCCGCCUGCUAGGGCUGCGGUGCCCGGCCCCGCUCCAUGCCCCGGGCGCCCCCCGGCCCGGCCAGCAUGCUCCGCCUGGGCACGCUGCUGCAGUCGCUCGCCCUGCUCUGCCUCUGCCAGCACCGCCCCGGGCACGUCUGGGGCAGGCUGAUGAGAGGCUCCGGGGAGCUGGCCGGGAGCGCCGCCGCUGCCUGGGACCCGCUGCCGGCCCUGCCCCGGCGGAGCCGGCGGGGAGCCUCGCCGCCGGCCAACAGCUCCGGGGCGGCGCCCUGGUGCCCGUACAAGGUGUUCAGCGAGGGCCAGGCCAGCGGCCGCCUCUGCUUCCGGAGCCCGGCCCGGGACUUCCAGUGCCCGCCGCCCAGCUGCAAGGCGCACCGCUCGCCGGGCCGCGCCCUGGUGGCCAACGUGCUGCGCAACGGCAGCGUCCUGCUGCAGUGGGGGGCGCCCGGCGGGCCGGGGCGGGACCUGCGGGGCUUCGCCCUCAACUGCUCCUGGGACGGCACCUACACCCGCUUCCACUGCGACAGCGUCCAGCUGGGGGCCAGCUGUCGGGACUACCUGCUGCCCGACGCGCACGGCAGCGUGCGCUACCGCCUGUGCCUCCAGCCGCUCUACCGGGCCGGCGGGCCGGGCGCGCCCCGCGCCGAGUGCGUGGAGUUCAGCGUGGAGCCGGCCAGCAUGCAGGACAUCGUCAUCGCCAUGACGGCCGUGGGGGGCUCCAUCUGCGUCAUGCUCGUCAUCAUCUGCCUCCUGGUGGCCUACAUCACCGAGAACCUCAUGCCGCCGGCCUUCGGCCGGGCCGCCGCCCCCAAGAGGGGCACGUAGGGCAGGGGCCCCGCCCCGGCGGGGGGGACCGCUCCAGAACCGGCCCUAGAGCGCCUUCUGCAGGCGGGGGCAUGGAACCGGCCUCUAGAGCUGGGGGCUGGAGCUCCCUCUGCAGGCGGGGCCUUGGAAUCUGCUCUGGAGUUCUAGAGCCAGGAGGUGUGGAACCGCCCCUAGAGCCCCGGCCUGGAGCUCCCUCUCCAGCCAGGGGCCUGGAACCCUCCCCCCAGCUCGGGCAUGGUGGAUCCCUCUCCAUCCAGGGUAGUGAUGGACACUUCUCUUCCUAGCUGACUCCAAAAUGCAUAUUGAUCACAGUGCUGUAGGGGGUAGACUUUGAUUAAAGCGUCACCUGGGGGUUACCAAAGCCUAUAACCUUUCUGUUCCUGUUAGCGGUGACAAGGACAACUUAAAUCCAGAGGAAACCAGUGCCAUCACCCAGAGCAGAUCUGCAGCAACCUGAGGGACCUCAGUACCGUUGUAUGACUCAAAGAUCUUUAGAGUUGUAUGCCGUAUUAUUUUUCAUAGAGGACUUUCUAUAGAUCAGUCUUAACUAGACCAAGGGAAGUUUUAAAUAGCUAAGAAAAACUGUGUUUAGAAAGAAGCAGGGGGAAAAUAGUCACGCAUUCAGCUGUCUGAACAUCAGUGUUCUGUGAUAAAGAACUUAUACUGUGAAAUAUUUGUGAGGUAUGUAAUUGUGGUUGGGCAUGGUCAUGCAGACAUUACUAAUAGACAAGUAAGUAUUGUUAUGGAAUCCUGAAAGAUUGGGUUAUAAGCAACCUUCGAGAUAAUGUUGAUGUGUGCAUUUGAUUGUGAUUUUUAGAACUAAACAUUCCACAAGAGGAUAAAAGAGAUGGGACAAAGAAAGCCCCAACUCCUCACACUAUGUGCCAUAACCUAGAUUGUUGCAUUGUUUUGCGGUCGUGUUACAUAGGAAAAUUCACAGUAAAAUAGAGUUAGUUAGUAAUAGGAUCAAAAUUAGGCAUAUUAAUUAGUUAGUGCUGAUUUAAAGCAUUCAGAAAUACAAGCCUGUUCUUCAGCACAUAUUUCGUUAGGUACCAUCUUUUUUGUGAAGUUGUUUUCCUUCAUUUCAUUUGCAGACCAGUUGUUAAAAUACCAAGAUCUUCUUGUUUUAAUAGCAAAUUUGCCAAGUGGAUCAUGUAAAGGUUUGGAAUUUUGUUUUCUAUUUUUAGUAAAAAAAAAAUAAUAAUAAAAAAAAAUUAAAAAGCAGCUAUUCUGCCUGAGCCAUACUCAGUUUUCAAACUUAAAAUAUCUCAGUGAGUUAAAAAUAAAAAUCAGGAAUCUGCAUGAAGUGCCAGCAAAAUUGCAGUUUUGAAAAGUAAACGAACUUAUUUUUAGAGGCCUCAAAUCAAAAAAGCACUUAAACACAUGUUUAACUUGAAGCAUGUGCUUAAAUCCCAUUGAUUUAGAUGUGCUUAAUUGCUUUCCUGAAUUGGAAUGCUAUCCUGAAACUUGGCCAAAGAGAGUAGAUCAAUACAGCUUCAACUCUGGGGCUGAUGCAAAGUCCACUGAACUGAGUGGAAAAACUCCCAUUGACAGAGGUGGGUUUUGGAUCAAGCCUUAUGGUAAGCAGCUCAACAACUCAGGGGCCCAGGCCUGCCCCAAUUGAAAUCAACAGGAGUUUUGUCAUUGGCUUCAACAGCACUAGGCCCUUUCAAAAGUAACAAUGUUUUUAGAAAAAACAUUGGAUCUAGCCAAUGUGUCUCAGGUUUCUGCCUGCUGCAGUUUAAAAAAGGUCAAUUUAAGACUGAGAUUCAUAAUGGAAACAUGAACUGAGCUUUAAUUAUAAUGGUGUGAAAAAUACACAAUAUUAACUACUAUGACUAGUAUUUGCUACCCCAUCUUUUACGAAUGCAAUACACAUUUGUUCCACUAAGGUAACACCUCCUAAUCUCUGAAUUCUGUUAUGUAGUAACUGAGUAUUUUUAAUAUAGGAACACUAGCUGUAAUCCAGUCACUCGAUGCUAUAGUAAACUAGGAUUUUAGCUAAACUCUAGUAUUCAUUAUAUUGUGCCUUAGUGUUGAAAGUUUGACCCAUUUAUAUUGGCUUUUCUGUUCUUGUUGUAAAUGUUAUUGGAACAUGUGUACUCCCACAGUGUUUUGUCUAUUUAAUAGGAAAAUAAACCUAGGCUAGCUGAAUAUUACUUAAAUUUUAAAUAUAUAUUUAAAAUAGAGUAAAUUACCUUCCUAGAGCUUCUGUGUUAGUUUUUAUUUAGUAUUGUCUCCACAUAGUUUACUGGUAUAACAAAAAUCUAACAUUAUAUCACACUAAAAAUAAUGGUAGGGGGAAAAUAGGGUUUAUGUAACAGCGUAUUAUUAAUAGAUCACACAUGAAACUAAAGUGUCUGUCUGAAUAAACACGUAUGUUUAUAAUCAGUAAAUGCCCAGUGAGCGUUUCUGAGGUAGUAUGGAAGACCUAAAACUUGUAAGUACAGUAGAUGGCAUAUGUAGAAACCCUCUAGGAUCUGUUAAAAUACAAUAUUUAUACUAAUCAGAUGAGCACAGCCAUACUACAGACUACAUUUCUCCCCCCUCCCCCCAGUGUGUGUGUGUGUGUGUGUUUAAUCCAGCAAGCAAAUUUAUUUCCCUUAGGACUGAAAUAAUUUAAGGGUGGUCAGGAAGCUGAAGAUUUGUAUUUUGUCAGACAAAAAUACCUCUCUUUUUCAUUAUUUCUUCAUGUUUUCCUUCUCACAAGAAGCUUGCUUUAAAUUACACUUCUUUCCUUCGUGAGUUUCUUGCCUAUGAACCUUGGUUUAAAACCACCUGACAGUAUUUAAAAUAUAAUUGCAAUCGGGGGAUGAGCCCUGACAGACAAUUUCAUUCACGUUUUUCCCCAGAGAGAGAUAAUGUGUGAAAUAAUCUGAAAUUAGUUCAAGAAUAUUAAGACAAGUUGUACCUAGUGGAGUCAUGUCAUUCUUUUUAUAAAUUCAUUGAAAUUCAGUGGAUUUAAACCCACGGUGAAUUUGGCUAGUUGCCUUUGAAGACUUCGCAUGCAUCUACCCUAUGGCCAAUUCUAGGCAGGAUUAGUAGAGUGGAACUAAUAUUGUACAUUUCUAUCAAUUUCUGUCACUUGCUGUUGCUGUCUUGUCCUUCAUCUUGCCAUGAAUUGCCAGACUUGAAAGUUAAAUGUAUAACUAAUGAGCCUUGUAUCACCUUGGAGUUGACCUUAAUGAAUUAAAAGAACAUAAUAAAAACGUUAUAGAUUCUGACUGA